AUGGAAAUUUGCAAGGAAGGAGAAGCCUAGGACGCGAAACGGGCUUGCUUGGGUCUGGCCAACUGAAUUACGAAGCUGCCCUUUCAGUCUAAUGAUAACCUAUAGAAAAGUUUAUAUCGUAGAGUAGGGAAACGCAAGAGUUGAUGUGAUUAGGGAUAGAUAUAAACAUCGAUAUAGCAGGUUUUUGUGUGCUUGAUAUCGUCGAGAAACGAAACAUAUCCGGCCCAAUUCGGCGAGCAUUAAAUGCAAGAUCUUGUAGAGAUUUUGGCAUAUACAUACACCUCUACAUCGUCGUCUUUUGUACUUAUCUCCGUUUAUAAAACCGAAGCACUUAACCGGCUGCUGAGCUCACAAACAUCAUCGUCUUCCACCUUUUAACAGAGAGAAAAAUCAAGAGAGAGAAAACUUCCAUUCGAGGCAGAAACAAAGAUGAGUCAGCUUGUGCGUCUAUGGCGUGGGGAUUGGAAGAAGCAGCCCAACGGAGACUGGAUUUUCUUUGAGGACCCAUCUGACUUCGGUUUCGGUGCAUUGAUCGGCGAGGGUGAAACUUUUGAGUCACUGAUGACUAUCGUUCGUAUGCGAUACCAACUGGCGAACACAACCCCUGUUGUCUUAAGCUACCAGCUUCCUGACCAUAUGCUGGUCCAAGCGGGGAGGAGGUCGCCACCGAUAACUCUAUCUACCACCGCAGACGUUGGCGUCAUGUUGACUGUCCGUGAUUGGUACGCGGAGCAAACUGUGAAUGUCACCAUCGGACCACAAAACGUCGCUAUGUAUCAUUUUCAUCGUCGUGACAACUUUGUUGUCCGCGGCAGGACCUUUGUCGUUGAUGGAAGCUCUAACGAAGAGGGGAGAAAUGCGUUCGAAGGUCUCAUGAAUGAAAGGAUUAUCGUUUGUAGUGUGAGUGUUUUGGAAGAGAUCUUUAGCGAAGAGGACAUGGUCAUCUUGCACCGUGUUGCUCUAGAGCUGAACUCUCCCAGUUACACUCGUGGUCGUCGUGCCCCUCCCCCAUCUCCGACUACCAACGGCGGUUCUACUCGAAUGGAACUUGUACUGCUGGAUGAUGACGACGAGGUGAUGGCUACUACACAAGUGAGUAAUGGAGGCCACAGUGGACUAAUCGUUGCAAACUCGGGUGAAAUGACUAUUGUUCCUGUUACGGAACAACAGCUGGAACUCCCUCUCAGCCAGCCACCCACAGCCUUUGGCGACGUCGGUCUUGAUCUCAUGGUUACAUCCCAAAACGGAAACCCCGAGAUUGACUGUGAAGGGUUCCAUGACAACUUCAUGUGGGAAAGACUCUUGGAAGAAGGAUUGCUUCAAACUGUUCAAGGUAAUAUCACCGCACAGCCCAACGAGCCCAACGAGCCCAACCAGGAGUCUCCCAAGUCUGUUCUCCGUGUGCUUAAUGGGCCUGAAGCCCAUGAUGGUGGAAACUCUUCUACUGGAUCGUCCGUCGGUGUGACAUCACUUGUGCCUGAAACCGUCCUCACCCCAGUUACUGGGACCACUUGCGGUUCAAUCUCUAGCGUCGGAACUCAGCCGGUCGGACUAAUGAGCAGUGGCAAUGCUUUACUUGCGGAGUUUGACAAGUACAUUGAGGCAAGAUCGACAAUGGCGAUGCUCUCUCCUGUUGGGCCUGGGCUUCCAGCUUCCGCAGCUUCUGCAUCGUUUGCUUCAGGCUCAAAGAGUGUUGGAUCUCCAACACUUAAGUUAACCUUGGGCCGUCCCAACCAAGCAGGCCCACCGAAGAAGGACCGUGCACCGGAGGAUUCUUCGCCGGAGGACAGCGGCAGUGGGGGUUCGUUCUAAGUCUUCAAGAUAUAAUCAAAAAUAACUAAAAUUUUUUGUUUGCUAAGAUCGGAAGGCAUUAUAGCCGUAAUCGUCUCUUUUUCCCCUCUAAGAUCGGCUUUAUUAUCUCGGCGGCUAACUACUUUGUUUGUGUGUGUUUUUGGAUAUGUUGUUCUCUAUGUUGUAAUGGAAACCGUCUUUGUAAAAUAUUGACGUCUAUGUAAAAUACCAAUGAAUGUUAUCUUUUUAAUAUAAUGAUGUGU